AUGGUCUCCUUCACCAAGUUAUUCACUGCUGGUCUGGUGGCGACUACAGCCCUAGCCCAGCCCCACGCCAUGCACCGCAGCCUGCACAAGGCCCAAAAGCGUUCUACCUCCAAGCGUGGUGCCGCCUACAACGACGUCUCCACUGUCUCGUCGCUCACCAGCAGUGGCACGGUUUCAUGGGCAUACAACUGGGCCUUUUCACUCGAUGACAGCCUUCCCUCGGGUGUCGAAUAUGUCCCCAUGCUCUGGGGUGCCAAUUUCUUCGGCGGCUGGAUCACCGGCAUCGAAUCCCUCCUGUCCUCAGGCAGCAACUACAUCAUGGGUUUCAACGAGCCUGACAUGUCUUCGCAGGCCAACAUGUCCCCAUCGGAGGCAGCAGGGUACUACAACCAGUACAUCACCCCAUACUCUGGCUCCGCAAAACUGAUCUCUCCCUCCGUGACUUCUUCCACCGAUGACGGCAAAGGACUGAGCUGGUUUGAGGAGUUUAUGUCGGAUUGUAGCUCCUGUAACAUCACUGGCCUGGCGGUUCAUUGGUAUGGCGAUUCCAUCGAUGAGUUCAAAUCCUUUGUGCAGCAGGCUGUCUCGACUGCUAGCAACUACAACCUGCCUGAAGUGUGGGUUACUGAAUUUGCAUUGAGUGCCGAUACCACCGGAGUCACUGAUCAGACUUCCGCCGCGGAUUUUGUCAGUCAGGCUGUUACUUGGAUGGACUCCCAGGCCAAUGUUACUCGGUACUCAUACUUCAUGUGUGCUGAUAACUACCUCUUGACUAACGGUGCUUUGAACACCGUGGGCACUGCUUAUACUUCGACCUCUGAUUAA